UGUCCUUCAUCUGUCGCCCGGUGGACAUCCACCUCUGACCGCACCAAACGCGCUCCGACUAGCUGCCGUCACCGUCGCCCCCCGAGUUGGCGCACCCCCAAAUGGGCGAUUAAUUUCUAUUACCGUGCCCCCUUUUCCUUGCUCUCGUCUCUCUUCCACGCUCUUUUCCUCGGCGAAGCCAAGAUCUUCUAUCGCCGGAUCCGCUCCUCUUUGACCGGUCCAACCUCGCUGCUCCGCCGCCAGGAGGAGGAGGAGGAGGGGAAGAAUUAGAACCGAGAGAGAGGUCGAGAGAGAGAGAGAGGAGGAGGAGGAGGAGGAGGAGAGAUGUGGGUUUUCUAUUUGAUCUCGCUUCCCCUCACCCUUGGGAUGGUGAUGGUCACGCUGCGGUACUUCGCUGGGCCGGACGUGCCGAGAUACGUGCUCUUUACCGUCGGAUACGCCUGGUUCUGCUCCCUCUCCAUCAUUAUUCUCGUCCCCGCAGACAUCUGGACGACAAUCAUAGGACAUCAGCAGGGCGGCAUUGCUUUCUUCUGGAGCUGGUCAUAUUGGAGUACAUUUCUGCUAACAUGGGCUGUGGUUCCUACUAUUCAGGGCUAUGAAGAUGCUGGAGAUUUCACAGUGAAAGAAAGACUAAAAACUAGUGUUCGAGUGAACUUGCUCUUUUAUAUAAUUGUGGGAUCUAUUGGCCUUUUUGGUCUCAUUCUGCUUGUUAUCAUGCAUAGGAAUUGGAGUGGAGGUAUUGUGGGCUUAGCCAUGGCUUGCUCAAAUACCUUUGGGCUGGUAACAGGUGCAUUUCUUCUUGGUUUUGGUUUGAGCGAAAUUCCUAAGAGCAUUUGGAGGAAUGCAGAUUGGAAUAACCGCCAAAAAGUUCUCUCUCAUAGGGUUGCAAAAAUGGCUGUAAAGCUAGAUGAUGCUCAUCAAGAAUUUUCCAAUGCAAUUGUGGUUGCACAAGCCACAUCCAAUCAGAUGUCAAAGCGUGACCCUUUAAGGCCCUACAUGGAUGUUAUUGAUAGCAUGUUGCAUCAAAUGUUGCGGGAAGAUCCAUCUUUCAAGCCAUCGGGAGGUCGACUGGGAGAAAAUGAUAUGGAUUAUGAUACCGAUGAUAAAACGAUGGCUGCACUCAGACGUCAACUUAGGAAUGCUCGAGAGGAGUAUUACAGAUAUAGAAGUGAAUAUAUGACUUAUGUCAUGGAAGCCCUCAAAUUGGAAGAUACGAUAAAAAAUUACGAGCGUCGUGAUUCAAAUGGAUGGAAAUAUGUUUCAAGUUUUAGAGAAAGUCGAAGGGGCAAUCUAGGAUCCUUUCUUGAUAUUAUGGAGUUCUUAUGGCGUUGUAUACUAAGAAAGCAACUCCAGAAACUCUUGGCUGUGAUCCUUGGUUGCAUGUCUGCUGCUAUUCUAUUGGCUGAGGCCACUUUGUUACCAAGUGGAGUUGAUUUAUCUCUUUUCUCCAUUCUUAUACAUGCUGUGCGAAAGCAAGAAGUGCUAGUCCAGAUAGCUGCAUUUGUUCCACUGAUGUACAUGUGUAUUUGCACAUAUUAUUCCUUGUUCAAGAUUGGAAUGCUAAUGUUCUAUUCAUUAACUCCAAGACAAACAAGCUCAGUUAGCUUACUCAUGAUAUGCUCCAUGGUUGCACGAUAUGCACCUCCCAUUUCUUACAAUUUUCUUAAUCUCAUUCGUCUUGGUGGUAAUGCCAAAACUAUUUUUGAAAAGAGAAUGGGGAAUAUUGAUGAUGCCGUCCCCUUUUUCGGAAGAGGAUUUAACAAAAUCUACCCGCUUAUUAUGGUUAUUUACACUGUGCUGGUUGCGAGCAAUUUCUUUGGCCGAGUAAUUGAUUAUUUUGGAAGCUGGAAAUGGUUUAAGUUCCAAAGUGAGCAAGAAGACAUGGAUGGGUUUGAUCCAUCUGGUAUGAUUAUCCUUCAGAAAGAGAGGUCAUGGCUCGAGCAAGGGUGUAAAGUUGGCGAGCAAGUAAUACCUUUAGCAAGAAAUUUUAACGGUACGAGUAUGGACGUUGAAUCUGCCGCUGUACCACUGGAUAAAAGCACAGUGGAGAUGAAACCCGUGGCUACUCCAUCCAUGGAAAAUGGAAAAGGGAGCCAAGCAAAAGCUCUAAAAGAAGAGGGCCAUAAACUCAGUACAAACCGUGAAACCAUUGCAAGCAAAUACUCAAUGAUAAGAAAGCAGCAAGGCAGACCAUCAUUAGUGUCAAAAGAGAAUGGCACAUCACCAGCUUCAGUAUCUUUGCUUAAUUCAGGCAAUGCUGCAGAGCAGUCUGAUGGCUUAACAGCAGGUACAUCGACAGGAUUAGCCUCUACAUGGGCAUCAAUGAAGACCGGUUUCCAGAAUUUCAGAGCCAACGUAGGGUCAAAGAAGUUUUUUCCACUGCGUCAAGCUCAGCCAACUUCUCUCCAUUCCUAUGUUUCCUCUUCUGAGUCCCUUGAUGAAAUUUUCCAAAGAUUGAAGCAACGUCCAAAGAGAGACAAAGAUUUAGAUUUAGAUUUUGAUGAUGACGAUGUGGAUGCAAUGAGUUCGGGGUUAAGGAGAUAGUACAGGACAUAAUUCAUCUAAGCAAGCAGAGUUAAAUGGUCACAUGGCAAGGUUGUUACAUUGUGGGAUUCUAGACAAUGUACAGAUUCAAUCGCAGGUUUGUGUCGAGCCUUUCUUUUGACUGGAUCUCCUGCAGGUCAUGCAGGAGAUUUGGGCUGCAUACCAGAAGCUGUAUACGGGUAAGGAUGGACUAUGAACAGGUAGAGCGUCAGAGGAGUACACAGGUGGAACAUUUGUACGCCGAUGAAGUAGGCAAAUCUUUGAACAAAGAAUUCAAUGAAAUAUAGAUAUUUUUCAGAGAAACAAGAACAUUUGUUCUCUUUCAUUUCUUCUCCGGGUUGCUCAGAAGAUUCCUAUAUUUGAAUUCCACUGUAAACUAGUUUCUUGGAAUUUUUCCGUUGUCUCUCGUAAUAAUGACGACAAUUUUCUAUUGACCAGCAA